AUGUGGAAGACCAAGACAUUCUCCAGCUCGCUGACACAAUAAGAGUUAAUUAUAAGAAAGCCUGUGCAUUAUUGAAGAUACCUUCAGCAAACCCUUACGAUGAAGGGGUCUCAUUCUGAAGAAUCUAAAGAAACAAUGUCUAAGGUCCGCCGUCAUCUUGACUCAAUCGUUACAUUCCUAAACCCCCUGCUACCACUAGCAAACUGUCAUAUGGUGGAGUUCUUUACCCAAAACCACUGGGAGACACUUAUCCCUGGUAAUCUGAAGUCCUCACUGGAUGCUCUAAGUUUAAAUGACGCUGUGAAUUACUUCUGGUCUCUAGCAAAGGGACAAUAUAUUAACGACCAUUCCGAACUUGGAAAAUGGAUUGAGGAAGCAAAGUCAAAUUGUGUAACAGUCAACAAUGAGUACUGCAUAUCUGCUGAGCAGUUGCACACCCACAUCCAGAGCUUGGGUGGUGACAUCAAACCAGAAAUCAAAGUGAAGGAGUUCAUGAAUAAUAAAAAGAGUUAUGAGGUCCAAACAAUGUCCCGCCUGGUAGCGUCCCUCUACGAGGCUUGUUCGGCCUCGUGCUGCGUAGAAGCCGGUGGAGGUCGCGGCCACUUGCCCGUGGCUCUGACCCUGGGCUACGGCAUUCCCAGCCUCACCAUCGACUGCGAUGAGAAGACGCUGACCUCGGCCGCAGAAAGGAUCAAGAUCAUUCAGAAACAAUGGCACGCCAUCGCAAAGAAGAUAAAAGAUGGCCAAGAAGAGAAAAUGUCUAAAGAAUCAAAUCGGAACCUCCAUCGGUUCGCAACCGCCUACGUCACCAGGCACACUGACCUGCGCGCAAUAGUCAAGGAGAAAUUUCCAGAAAUGGAGCAGGAAGACGUGAAGUUACUACUGACGGGACUCCACACUUGCGGGAACCUAGGUCCAAUGUCUUCCAAAAGGGCUGUGUUAAAAGAUAGCUGUCUCAAUUUCUGUGUCCUAUUUAAGAUUUGAACCCAGCAUCUUUGAAUCAAGAUAUCAAAUUAACGUUUCAAACGUUCCAAAGGGCUCCACACUUGCGGCAACCUAGGUCCGGACUCGCUCCGAAUCUUCACCAGCCAGCCCUCGACGGCAGCUGUGUUCAAUGUGCCGUGCUGCUACCAUCUCCUCACUGA